GGACCUUAUACCACACUCUUCACCGCUUCUACUACCCUGCUCCCACCCUCCUUAUUUUUUGGCUUCUAUUACCUACUCUUUGGCACUUUGAUUCACACCAGCAUCCGUGUGUGAUUAUUUAUAGAUACACACAAAUGGUGGAACUACGAGAGAAGAUUAAAUAUUCAAUAUGUAAUAGACAACAUCUAUAAAAAAAAUUGAAAUUUUAUUUCAUGUAUGGAAUAGAUACUGUGCACUUCUUUUUGUAUGCAGAUCAAAGCAAGAUAUAGUUACUUAAAGUUCCAGAUGGUGUUAAAUAUUUUCUGAAAAUUCAACGACAAAUAAUGACAAAUAUAGAAGAUAAAAUUUUCAAUUCGAAACAAAAAUUUCUACAAAGAUUGAAAGAUUCAGAAGUAACAAAAUCUACCCCAGUGAGUGAUCCCGCCUCUAAGGAGCCUUCAAAACCAUGGGAGAAAUACGGGGAGGCAAGAGGAAUGCUAAACUUUCGAGAGAGGGAAGGAGAACAUGUUUCUGGAGCGCAGGCUCCAAUACAGCCAAUCGGCGGACCGCGACUGAUAACGACGCUGCCAAAUGUGCGUCCGUCGUCGCGGCCGGUCCACGCGCUAACAUCAUCAUCUCACCCCGAUUUUAUAGAGAGACUUGAAAGGAUCACACCAUUACAUCCAGGAUCGCAACGUCCUUCUGACAUCUAUCUCAAGACAGAGCUUUUGGAGAUUGUCCAGGAGUGAAUGGUGACAGUCUCAGUUCUGAGACGUUCAAUGGUGUGAAGAUAGUGGAGGAAAAUUGUUUUUUUUUUAAGGAGAAAGCCUAGUUCUGAGAAGCGGUCUGGAUCCGUUACAGCGACACCCCGUACUGACGUGGUUACAGAUUGUGUUCUUGAGUGAGGAUGAAGUUUUAGGGCUGAUGAAGUUAAAAAGUGAAGAUUAUGUUGGUUCUUCUCAGAGAAGACGGGGCAUUUUGGUGAUGUACGACAGCACUAGCUGUUCGUACUCGGGGGCGCUCGACUUGAAGGGAGCCUCAGGAACUACUGGUACAACUACUACCUCAGGAAUCUCAUCGACUGGUGUGAAACAAGAGAAUUGGCCAUAUCGAGGUCUUGCGUGUGGUAGCACCUUUCAACAACUGAAACAGAGCGUGGAAAAAGCUAAACAGGCACUAGCAGAUCGUGGUGGAUAUCUUGCUGGAGCUUUUUCACCACCACCACGUGCUAAUCCUUCCGCUAUUUCACCAAGCACUGCAGUCUCCAUCACAGAUGCCAGCAGUUCAUACAAAGGAGGUUGGAGCCACGCCACCUCGCCUGCUCCUGGACAGGGUUACGGAAGCGGCUUGUCCAAGUCUGCACUUGAUACUCAUUCACAUCUCCGGCAACCUGAUCCAUAUCAGAUGUUUGGUGCAACGAGCAGUCGACUUGCGAGUUCUGGUUCUGGACAAAUUCAACUGUGGCAAUUUUUACUAGAGCUUUUGUCUGACUCCAGCAAUGCUGCUUGUAUCACAUGGGAAGGAACAAAUGGUGAAUUCAAGCUUACAGAUCCUGAUGAAGUAGCAAGACGUUGGGGAGAAAGAAAAUCCAAGCCUAAUAUGAAUUACGAUAAACUAUCAAGAGCCCUAAGGUACUACUACGAUAAAAAUAUCAUGACUAAGGUGCACGGAAAAAGGUACGCCUACAAGUUUGACUUUCAGGGAUUAGCUGCAGCAACACAACCAGCAGCUGCUGAUCCAGCGGCAUACAAGUACCAAAGUGAACUGUUUAUGUCAGGAUAUGGUCAUGCUAAAUUGAAUCUGAUGCCACCACCAGCAGCAUCGGUUUCAGUGUCAGUCCCAGGUGGUCUUUUUCAGUCAGCAUCAAGUUACUGGUCCAGCCCUGGUGCUAAUCUCUACGCGGGACACCAUACUGCUUCAGGACACGUGCCCCCGCAUCUUGGCACUUAUCCUCAUUACGCAUGACCCACCCCAGAGCAUUGGGGUGCACUAGGUACACCACGUUAAGGUGCCAAGUGCCAGCGGAAACUAUUUUAAAAGGUUCUCCGGAGUUACUGAAAUACUUUUCCCUUGAUCAUGAGCUACUUAAUCAGCUCCAUUUGAAUAAUGUAAUAUAUAUUUCAGUAAAUUUAUUGACAUUUGUCAGUAAUUAGAAAAAUAUUAAAAAAAAAAACAAAAACAAACAAUUCUUCAAGUGCAACGAUAUUUGGAAACACGAAAAAUCUUUUAUUUUAUUUCAUUUUCAUUGUGCCAUAUAAUUCGUGCCAUAUCUCGCUAUUUUUACGAGACUUUGGAGAUAAUAUUUGUAUAUACAUAUGUCAGUUUCAUUGUUAUUUGCUCUUUUUUCGUGUUUCCCGAACAUAACAAACGAAAAAUUAAUAGCUCGAAAUUCGAGGUUAAAGUGUUUCGACUCAUCGGAAAUGACUCCAUUAACGUAUAAAUAAUUCGUGUAUCAUAAACUCUUUUAACUUGUUAAAUGUGCAGAGUUACAUUCAUUUUGUGUUCAUUUUUAAAUUAUCCGAUGAUCAUCAUGAAGCACACUAAGGACAAUCUUAUUCUCUGAAUCGGAUAUAGAUUAGGAUAAUAAAGACAAUCGACUUGAAACAUUAAUUUCAGUGCUCGCAUGUCAUUGUCUUUCGAUUCAGUGAUUGCAGAUAGUCUUUAAAAAAAAUGUUGUCAUUAUGGUUAUGUAAGAACAAUGUAUGUACAUAUUGGACUGAUGAUUAAGGCAAGUUGGUUUGGCGAGAGAGUUCAAGUAUAUCAGAAGAAAUUACGAAGUACGUUAUUUUAAAUAUAUCAAUUAACUCUUUUAUCCAACCAUCACUCUUCAGAUACAUGAUUUUAAAAGAAUAAGAAAUAAGUCAUAAAUUGACAUUCAGAACACUUUUAAACUCUCUGCAGUCUACCGACGGCCUAGAGUUUUGCCGAAAGAAUGUGAUCAAGCUCGGCUAUAAAUAAUACGUGUAUUAUAAAAUUACUUUUAAAUUAUUUGUUAUGAAUGUAAUAAAUUAUUAAUGCACUUAUAUGAGGACAUGCAAUAUUUUAAAAAUCGUGUGCUCACGUGUGAGUGAUUUUUGUCCAAUGUAAUAAAGAAGAAUUGUGUUGGAGAAGGAGAAAAAAAUUACUUCCUUGAAAAUUUUUUAAAUUCAAAAGUCUGGUGAUGAAGAAUUAUAAUAACAUAACAUUUUUAUUUAAAAGGAAACUUGGUUAAAAAUUAGAUUUGCAUUGACAUGGAAGUACUCUUCUUUUCCUUCUAGAAAUAAUUUUUUUUCUCAUUGUAAACAGUGAGAGUGAUAUCUUGAGUUAUCGCAAAAAAAAUUGUUUUAUUAAUUAUUUAAACGUUAAAUUUUAUUUAUUAUAAUAAGGAGUCUAGAUUGAUUGGACUGACAUACAUAAGAUCAAAGACGUUUUGUAAAUACUAAAAUGAUCGUCUUUGAAAAACCAAAGAAAAUAUCCUUGUUUCCAAAUCUAAAUAAAACUAAACCUGUACCUAUAUGUCAUAGAACGAAAUAUAACGUCAUAUAAAAUGUAUAAUACCAAGUGAAAAAUGUAGGAGUGAUGGUAAAAACAAUUAUUGAAAAUCUUUUUAAAAUUUAAGGGUAUUAUAUAAUAGAAUCAAUAAUCGUCAUAGCUAAAAGAGUUCAGAUUCAGAAGUAAAUUAAUUAGCUAAAUUUUUAAAGAACAAAAAUUUGCUAAUUGACUCCCAGACUUGCAAUUCUGAAUUCUCGAGGCUUAAAUAAUGUAGAUAGGGUGUUUUUAUGUGUAGUUUAGAUAAGUAGUGGGCAUCUAGUCUUAUAGCAAUCAACAGCAGUGGAUGAUGUGUGAAAUGUGGAGUACUGUAUGAACCUCAGACACAAACGAAAACAGCCGCAGAAUAAAAACUAGUUAUGUAUGACUCUUUAUCAUGUGAAUUAACUGAAGAUGAACACGAUAAAUUAGUAACACAGAUGCCGAAGGAUGAUGAUAGUGAUGAUGAUGAAUGAGGGUACGUCUGACUCCAAAUGGAGAAUAAGCUAUGGCGAUAGUUUAAACUAGAUAGACAACCCCUCGACUCACGCUAAAAACGAAAAAUUACAAGUUGCAAGAAAGAGUGAGAGAGUAAAAGAAAGAAAUAAUGACGUUGAAGAGAAAGAGACAGAAAACGUUGUUGUUCUUGUUGUCGGUGGUUUGUAUUAAGUCGCCAUGUUCCAAUUAAAUGGAGCGACGGAGUUGUAUCAGUCGUGAGCGAAAUCAAUGUAUUUCACUGGCAUUUCGUGUGUCUAUAUGUACUCAGUUUCUAUCUCACUUGCACUAGUGGAAGAAUGUUGGAAAAAAUAGGAGAGUGUGAUACAGUGGAGAGAGGAUGAGAGGCGAAGAGUUGGGUCAGACUCGUCGGCGGUUGGCGAAUUGGUUGGGUUGCCAUGGAGAAGCUGUGCCACCGAGUAGGUUCUGCGGGGGUGGUGGAGCUUGUUGCCUCGCGGUAGGGGCGGGACCAACGGGAAACCCCCAUCGGGAAAUUCGCGGCACCGAACGUUGGUUCGAGUGAGAGAACUUGGCCCUCUUCUCCUCGCCGCAUCCGCCUGGCUAAUCGAUUCUGCUACCAAUCAGGACUCGCAUGUCGUUUCUUCCGCUCUCACUCUUCCUCUCCUCCUCAAACCACAGUAAAAGCUUUUCACCCAGUGUGCAAGUGUAUGAGAUAGUAGAUACGAACGUUUACCAAUGCACCUACGCCGAGGUAAUGAGAACAAGAAUUAUUCCAGUCUUUAUUUUAUCUUAUUUUCUGUUUUCUUAUAUAAUAGAAAUGGUAACACGAAACUUGUUGUAUAUAUUAAUUAAUAUUAUAACGACUUUUAUCCAUUGUAUGAAGUAUUAAUUCAUUAUUAUGUGAUCAUCUAUAAUGAACAAUGCGAGAUAUGUGUGCGAUAAAUUUUUUGGAAAACUGCUGCGCGGAAUCCAAUAGUCAGGGUUACGAAUGUGGUUUCAAGAUUUAAUAAAAGUGCAAUAAGCUGUUUAUGAAAAAAAAUAUCGACAUAAAACCCUUGGCGGACAAUAAAAAUUCAAUGACGAUA